GAGGGGACGGGCCCAGCCUCCGCCGGGGCGCCGCGCCCGGCUGCCAGGCAACGGCGGCGGGACCGCGCCUUCCGCUUCCGGGGCGGCCGGGCCGGGCCGCGCCGCCGCCAUGGGGCGGAAGAAGAAGACGCUGCACGACUACGCGGCCGAGUUCUCGGAGCUGGCGGUGAAGCGGCACCUCCUGGAGCGCGGCGCCGCCGGGGAGGCGGCGGUGGUGGAGACGCUGUACUGCACCUCCUGCCAGCUGCCCAUGCGGGUGCGCCGCGACCGCAUCCUGGAGCACCUCUCCUCCGGCCGCCACUACCGCAACCGCCGCCUCCUCCGCCAGCACGGCCUGCGCGCCCCGCUGCUCCUCUCUGCAGGUCCAGACGUCGGCACCGGCCUGCCCCUGCAGCUCGACGCGCCCUCCCUGCUCUCCCAGCCGUCCUUCAUCCUCGCCGCUGGCACCGGCACUGGCUACGGCAUGGUCCCCUCUCCGCCCUCCUGCCACAAGCCGCUGGUUCCCCUCCACCCUGCCAGCGCGGCCGCCCCCCGGGAAGACCCGACGCCCUCCACCUCCGCCAGCCGCCCCUCGGCGCUUGCCGCCUUCCACGUGAGGAUCGCGCCUGCCCCCUCGAAGCAGGCCGGCCAGCGGGAACCCGUGCCCGAGGCCCACGACAGCCCGGUGCCCACCACACGGCACAGCAGCGGCAUCGGCCUCGCCCUCUUCGGUGUAGGGCUCCUCAAUAAAGCCUUGUUUCAAAGCCUGCUGGAGGAAACGGGCUGCUGCUUGCUUUAUGUUGUGGAGGAUCAGCUGGAGGAGGUGGAGCGUGCCUUCAACGCCGAGUUCCUGGCCGGCACCAGGGUGCUGCGGCAGCAGGACGCCGACAUCGCGCUCAACGAUCAGCGAGUCUCCGGAGCCAUUAUUUGUUCACCACCUGAAGAAGCCUCCGAGAUCGUAAUCGACGCUUUACGAGCAGGAAAAGGUGUAUUUUGCGAGAGGCUGCCCAGUUUUGACAGGCAGACAGCAGAAGCUUGUUUUGAUGAAGCUGACAGAUGUGGAAGGCCAUUGGUGUGUGGAUUCUACAAGCGCUUUGACCCAGCGCUGCAGUUCUUGUACAAGAAAGUCCGCGACAGCCAGGCGCUGGGGAGGAUCCACCGGAUUUCCACGAUUAGCAGCAUAUAUCCUGCGGCAUCUCUGAGCUUCCUAAAAACAUCAGGUGGAAUUUUUUAUAAUGCUGCUGUGCACGAUAUAGAUAUUAUCAGUUUGUUGUUGGGAGAGAGUGCACCAGAUACAGUAUUUUCACUGGGGCAUGCAUUCUGUGCAGAUAUGGCCUGCUUGAAGGAUGCAGACACUGUAGCGGUCAGCAUGAAAUUUCCUAGUGGAGCAAUUGUUACUUUGGACGUCAGUCAGCACUGCACUAAAAGCUGUGAUCAGAGACUAGAGGUUCACGGUUCUCAAGGAACGUUACGGGUAGAUAAUCAGAAUCCCCUGGGGAUUACGGAGCAUGGGACUUCGGUAUCCAUAUAUUCACAGACCCAAGCUGAUCGCUACAGAGAUGCACACAGGGAGCUCUUUCGACACUUUCUGAGAACCCUGAAAGGCAAGGAACCCCCUGCGAUAACCAAAGAGCAGUUUCUCUGGACGAUUCAGGUCGCUGCAGCUGCUGAACAGUCCUGGAGAAACGGAUCCGCUGUUGACUUGCGUAGUGCGGCAAUAGAUUCGUCUGUAAUCAAGACUGAGAUAAUGUGAUAGGUGCCGAAGGAUAACCGUCAAGCUGCGCUGCAGCGAGGCCGUGCCGCGCAGUGAGGUCUCCACUGGAACCUUCAAAUAAGACUUGCAGUUUUGACAUUUCCGCCGGGAAUGCCUGGAAGACAAAGGCACUUUUGAAGCAGAAGCACUCGGCACUGACAUUGCGGAUGUUUCUUAGCGCAUCAGCCAGAGCCCCCGAGAAAUCCGGGCAGUUCCGUGCAGGCAGCUUUUCCUUCUGCAGAGCUCUGCUGGCCAAGGAGCUCUGUUUUCCUGGGAGAGGACCGAUGCUCCUGGGGCCGUGGCAAGGUGGCGUGGAGCACCAGCAGCCACGAUGGGACCGGCGCACGUGGACAGCUCUCCUGGCAGCUUCGCAAGCAAAAUGGCACAAUGCUCCGAAACGACACGGGAGCAUCCGUCUGGUCUCUGCUCCUUCCCCUUCAGCAUAUGCGGGAACACGACUUCUGUGCUGAACUCACCUCUGGGCCUCCUAUUUAUUGUUUGGUUUGCUGGUCUUACAGGGUUUUCUAAAUCUUUUUGGAAAGAAGAAGUUAGAAUCUGAUCUUCUUGGGUGGUGGGGAGAAGAACUGAAGAAGCAGGGAGGGAGACCGCUGACCGACCCGACGUUAGGGAUGGGAGACUUCCUAGUAAGACCAGGAAUUGAGGCUGUUCCUUAGAGGAGCUCAGGCAUUUCAGUGAUAAACGCUGCGUUAUUACAGGGUUUUUCCGGAACGUGACCUGUGAAUUUGCACAGGGGCCCUGCACAAGAUCCAUUGCUGAGCCCGCGGCUGCUGGGCGCUGUCUGGAUUCCAGACACGGCAGCUGUCUGCAGACCGUUGUUCUUCCUUAAAAGCAAAUGUUGUAUCUUAACAUUUUGGUAGCAAAAUUGAACUAAUAAUCAUGUCCUUUGAGUCUAGGAAAGGCAUCUGAUUACCUAUUUUGAAGGUGGUUUUUUUUACAGUCCAGCAGGUUUGGAAUAUACGCCAGAGAGGAAGAUAGUGCCUUCAGCAACAGGCCAGUCUGCUUUUAAACCAGGUUCUUUGUACCUUUUUCUUCUUGCGUUGAGCUUAUCGCAGCUGUAGAGAUUUUACUAAUCUUGUCUACUUCUCACAUGCCGGUUUUCAAGAUCUUUUGAAAGCUUUUUUUAUUGUAUCAAAAUAAUGUUCUUGCUUUGAGUGUUAUUUUAUGAACGACACUUCUCGCAAGAUUCCUUAGUUCAAUCAAUUUCCCAUUCCUACGUAUGGAAUAUAUAUUACUAAAACUAGGAAUAGCAGUGACGUUUAUAAUGAAAGAGAAUUCUCUCAUGGAAAUACUGUUUUUAACGGUGUAAUCUUUCAAACUGAGAAAAGGUACGUCUUAAUGAUAAAGAUUGCUAUUGAUUUAAUUG